AUGACCUCGUUCAAAUAUGACCAGUUCGUCGCCUUUGGCUCGGAUAGCGCCGGCCUCGAGCGCAUCCUCCGCGGCCUCCAAUCCCUAACGGCAAUCCUGACAACCUACCCCUUCCUGCUCGCCCUCCUCCCCGCAGCAGGCCUGCCCCUAGACGCGGCCCUGAUCCUCGCCGCCCUCGGCCCGCUCAAGGGCCACCUCAACCUCACCCGCCGCUUCAUCCGCUUCUUCUGGUUCCUCAACUCCUUCGGCGCGUCCUACAACCUCUACACCGCCGCCCCUUCCCAGGGCCCCGGCGCGGGUAAAGGCGCCGAAGUGUGGCUUGACAUUCUGCGGUUCACCCUCCUCGGCCUCUACGGCGGCCUCGAGUCCCUCACCCUGCCGGACCUGCUCGGCGUGCCCGGCCUCGCGCCCUUCGGCGCCGCGCGCACGAAGGCGUUGAAUGUGGAGGCGCAGCGCUUCUGGUUCCUCGCGCUGGCGUGCGGUAUCGCGGCGAAUGUGGUGAGGAUGACCAAGGCGUUUGCGUACGCGCCGGUCCCGCAGCACGGCGAGGGUUAUGGUACGGGCCAGAGCCCCGCGGUGGAUACCGACAAUUUGGGAGCAAAGGAGAAGAAGGAGGGAGAGGGGGAGGAGCCGGAGAAGAUGGACCUGAACGCCGAGCGGCAGCGGUUGAAGGCGUUGGUGGUCAAGAGGCGCGAGGGGAUGAGGAGGUGGCGGAGGCAGGUCGCGUUCAAGGUCAAGACGCUCGGCCGCAAGGUGGUGUCCGACACGCUGGACUGCCUCAUUCCGGGUGUCAUUCUGGGGUGGGUUAAUAUCGGGCCUGGGGCUGUUGGAAUUGCGAUGCUUGUCACGACGGUGCUGACGAGUAGGGAUAUUUGGGAGCGGUGCGGUGCUGACGUUGCGGUUAAAAGGGGUCUGACCCAGUAA